AUGCUACGGCAAGCAUGGAACAGUGUGGUGGAAGCGAUCACAGGCCCGGGUUCCAAGGUCUGGGAGAAACUUCCCAGACCGACCGUCGGGAGAGGCAAGACUCAGUGGCCGAAGUCGGCAAGUAAUUUGGAGAACCACGGUGUCCGCUUUGACUACGAUGGCACCAUCGAGGAGAACGGCUCGGUGUACCACAAGUACCAGGUGCAGCCCAACGCUGGGAAGAUUCCCAGUUCGUGGAAAGGCUGGAGAGAUAGAAAUAGGGGCACUCAUGCCGUCAUCGGGACGGUGAAAGUCAAGCAGGAUGCGACGAGGGACGAUGUUGAUGAGGCGCUGAGAUCCCUGGGGGAACAGCUUUGA